AUGUCUCUCAGGCUCCUGCCUGCUUUCAUUGUGGACAACGAUGAUGAUGAUGAUGGUAACUUCACAAAAUGGAUGAGCAGUUACUGGGGUCACGGAGCAGAAGCCGGACAGUCCAGGGAGAGAAAACGUAGUUUCAGAAGACCUACGAAAAUGCAAGUGGAUCGAAGAGCAUCGCUGCCGACUGUGUCUCAAUUAGAUGCCAUGAAGCUGAAUAGGCUCCAUGCGGCGACAAUGGCGCCCACCCCGAGCCACAUCAAACCCAGAGAGGAGAAGGGGGAGGUCAGGCCCCACCAGAGAGCUCGCCGGACCUCCUCGGACGACAUCAGCCGUCCCAAGUCAGCCGCCCUGGAGAACCGCAUCACCACCAUCCCAGAGCUCACAGAGUCCGUCGAGAGGAGGCUUUGUCUCCGUGAUAAGAAGAACAUGUCUCCGAAUGAUGAAGAUAAGCUGUGCCUGAUCUGCCAUGAGGACAUGAGGAGGAGCGGAGGUGGAGUUCAGGAGCUGCACUGUUCGCACCGCUUCCACAAAGAGGCGGCUCGGAGGUCAGAGGAGAGCCGGCCCCGCAGCGGCAGCGAGGCGGCGACUUGUCAGGUGAGGAGGCCCUCGGACGAGAGGAGGAAGUCGGCGGACGGACCGAUCUACAUGCAGAAGGAGCAGCAAACACCCCGACGUCAACUGUCCCUGCGGAGGCAUCGCUGA